AUGCUUCCACAGAUAGAUGCCCUCUCCCUUUCUCCAGUCAAAGUCUUCAGUAUUUUGGUUUUCCAUCUUCUAAUACACUUAAAUAAAGCGGAGUCUCAGGUGGUUGGUCCACAUCAACCAGUAGUUGCAUUUGUUGAUGAUGAUGUUAUUUUACCAUGUCACGUGGAGCCUGCAGAGGAUGUGACAGCUGAGAUAUUGGAGUGGACAAGAUCUGAUUUGAACCCAAGAUUUGUCCAUGUGUGGCGAUCCGGUCAGGAUCUGGUGAAUACAAGAAAUCCUUCAUACAGGGGAAGAACAUCACUGUUUAUCAAUGAACUGAAGCAUGGAAACAUUUCACUGAAACUCUCCAGAGUAAAACUCUCUGAUGAAGGAACAUAUGAAUGCAGCUUUCCUUUAAUGGGGAAAAAAUCUUUUGUUAAGCUUGUGGUUGCAUCCGAUGCUGCCACCUCACCUGUCAUCAGUUUAUCAGGGAUUGACAAAAACAGAGGAGGAGUGGUGUUACAGUGUGAGUCUGCAGGCUGGUAUCCAGAGCCUGAGCUGCUGUGGUUGGACGGUGAGGGAAACCUCCUCUCUGCUGGACCUACAGAGACCCUCAGAGGUCCUGAUGACCUCUAUACUGUCAGCAGCAGAGUGACUGUGGAGAAGAGACACAGCAACAACAUCACCUGCAGUCCAAUCACUGUAAAAUCUAAUUAG